GACGAAAGAGAAGCACUUCCUGUCUCCCCUGUCUCUCCAAAAAUGGCGGACACGUGUGGCCAAGUAUUGCUGGGAUCAGGGCUCACCGUCCUUUCCCACCCUUUGAUGUACAUUAAAGUCCUGAUCCAGGUAGGACAUGAGCCGCUCUCUCCCACCCUGGGCAGGAACCUGUUUGGCAGACAAGUCUAUCAGCUGCCUGGACUGUUUGCUUACGCUAAACACAUCAUCAAGAUUGAUGGGAAAGGAGGUCUCUUCAAAGGGCUUGGUCCAAGGCUCUGUGCUGGUGCUAUCGGUACAGUCGUGCACAGCAACGUUGUUCAGAAAUGUCAGGAACAAGGCACACCUCAGGUUCUGGGCGGUCAGCAGAAGGCUGUGGAGGGCUCCCUACAGCACGUUGUUAAUGAGACAACCAAAGAGAUGAUAGCCCGUUCCUGUGCCACCAUUGUCACACACCCCUUUCAUGUGAUUACUUUGCGAUGUAUGGUCCAGUUUAUUGGGAGGGAAACAAAAUACAGUGGGGUGUUUGACUCCAUCGUCACGGUCUACAGAGAAGAAGGCAUACUGGGCUUCUUUGCUGGUUUGAUUCCUCGCCUGCUCGGUGAUGUCCUGUCUCUGUGGAUUUGUAACCUGCUGGCUCACCUCAUCAAUACAUACGCCAUUGACGACUCGAUGAGUCACACAGGAGAAAUCAAGAACUGCUCUCAGGCUGUGACAGGGUUCUUUGCCAGUAUGCUCACAUACCCUUUUGUUUUGGUGUCAAACCUCAUGGCCGUCAACAACUGCGGGCUCGCCGGAGGCCUGCCUCCCUAUGCAUCAGUAUACCCCACCUGGCUGGACUGCUGGAAGCAUCUAAGCAGAGAGGGCAACAUGAGCAGAGGCAACAGUUUAUUUUUCCGUAAACUUCCAGCAGGAAAGAUGUACGCAGUUGACCAGAAGAGAUUUUUUUAAAGCCUCAAGAGAACUGAGCUGAACAAAGUUGUGAUAAUAAAACAACAAAAAAAAAGUCAACAUUGCCUGAUCUGGGGGUUGGACAGUGGGCAUUUAAUUUUUUUUUGUAUGCACUUGUUUACUAUGAGUUUAUUUCUUCCCUCAACAACCUGCUGUCAUGUGAAGGAAAAACUAUUGGUUCCUAGUUCAUUUCCAGCAGGUUUUGUAUUAACAGAAAUUUAACAGAUUGAAACUGGAGGGUUGUAGAACAAUGAGAUGGAAUGUAAAUGGAUAUUUUUCUUUUGAAAACCCACGUGUACAAAAACUGAUGGGAGGACGGCUCACGCUGUCAAACAACCCGUUUGAAUAAUUCUGACAGACCAAUGUGAAAGCGUCGCCCUCCCUCAUGUUUUUUUUUAUAGAGACAGUGACUCCCCUUCAAACCCGUGAUGGGAUUUGUUUGUUGAAAACAGAACUUCAGUCUGCAUGUGGUAAUGUCGAGUAAGUCACAUGUUAAAGUGGGACCUCUUGUCAUGUGGUAUUGUCUUGAUGUGUUAAUUAUUGUGAAGCUCAUUGCUUGGCGGGCGUGUAAUGCUAAUGAAAAUGAGGGAAAGGAGUCAGAGGAGGUGGUUGUCCAGGAGCAUGUAUGAUGUACGGGGGCAUGGAGGUUUACCUGAGCUGACCAAAACCUUCUAACAGUCAAGUGCUUGUAUCAACUCAUUCUGACUGACCCAAAUAAAAAACAGCUUUUUUUGACCUGGU